AUGGAGACCGCGGCGGCUGCCGCCCCAGCUGAGGGCUUCUUCCCCUCUUUCCUGCUCCUGGGCUUCGGGACGCUAGUGGCCGCCUUGCUGGGCGCCGCUCACCGCCUGGGGCUCUUCUAUCAGUUGAUGCACAAGGUGGACACGGCAAGCAUCCGGCAUGGUGGGGAGAAUGUGGCAGCCGUGCUGAAGGCCCACGGUGUGCGCUUCCUUUUCACGCUGGCCGGUGGGCACAUUUCGCCAGUGCUGGUGGCCUCUGAGAAGUUGGGCAUCCGCGUGGUGGACACCCGCCAUGAAGUCACAGCUGUCUUUGCCGCUGAUGCUGUAGCCCGCCUGACCGGGACAGUGGGCGUGGCAGCAGUGACGGCAGGCCCUGGCCUCACCAACACAGUGACUGCGGUGAAGAAUGCCCAGAUAGCCCAGUCCCCAGUCCUGCUCCUGGGUGGGGCUGCCGGCACCCUGCUGCAGAAUCGGGGUGCACUCCAGGCAGUUGAUCAGAUGUCCCUGUUCCGGCCGCUCUGCAAGUUUUGUGCUUCUGUGCGGAGAGUGCGGGAUAUCAUCCCCACCCUGAGGGCCGCGAUGGCCGCUGCACAGUCAGGCACCCCCGGCCCGGUGUUUGUGGAACUGCCUAUAGAUGUGCUGUACCCCUACUUCCUUGUUCAGAAGGAGAUGAUACCAGCUAAGUCACCCAAGGGCCUCGUGGAUCGAGUGGUCCACUGGUACUUAGUGAAUGCCCUGGCCAACCUUUUUGCAGGAGCUUGGGAACCUCAGCCUGAGGGGCCUCUGCCCCUGGACAUUCCCCAGGCCUCCCCCCAGCAGGUUCAGCGCUGUGUGGAAAUCUUGAGUCGGGCCAAGAGGCCCCUCAUGCUAAUUGGGAGCCAGGCCCUGCUGCCUCCAACAUCUGCAGACAAGCUUCGGGUUGCUGUGGAGACCCUGGGCAUCCCUUGCUUCUUGGCGGGGAUGGCACGGGGGCUGCUGGGCCGCAACCACCCCCUCCACUUCCGGCAGAACCGCAGAGCCGCCCUGAAGAAGGCAGACGUGGUCGUCCUGGCAGGAGCGGUGUGUGACUUCCGCCUGUCCUAUGGCCGUUUCCUCAGCCGAAGUAGCAAAAUCAUUGUUGUCAACCGUGACCGGAAGGAGAUGCUGAUCAACUCAGACAUUUUCUGGAAGCCCCAAGAGGCUGUGCAGGGAGAUGUGGGCUCCUUCGUGGUGAAGCUGAUGGAGGGCCUCCGGGGUCAGACGUGGGCCUCAGACUGGGCAGAGGAGCUUCGGCAAGCCGACCGACAGAAGGAGCAGACCUUUCGAGAGAAGGCACUGAUGCCCGUAGCUGAGCAUCUUAAUCCGGUGCGGGUCCUACAGCUGGUGGAGGACAUUCUGCCUGACAACUCCAUCCUGGUGGUCGAUGGCGGGGACUUUGUGGGCACAGCCGCCUACCUGGUGCAGCCCCGUGGGCCCUUGUGUUGGCUCGAUCCUGGGGCCUUCGGGACUCUGGGGGUCGGUGCUGGAUUUGCACUUGGGGCCAAACUGUGUCGGCCAGAUGCUGAGGUCUGGUGCCUGUUUGGGGAUGGAGCGUUUGGCUAUAGCCUCAUCGAAUUUGACACCUUCGUCAGACACAAGAUCCCAGUGAUGGCCUUGAUAGGAAAUGACGCUGGCUGGACCCAGAUUUCCCGGGAGCAGGUGUCCUGUCUGGGCAGCAAUGUGGCCUGUGGCCUGACUUACACUGAUUAUCACAAGGCAGCCCUGGGGCUGGGGGCCCAGGGCCAGCUGCUCUCACGAGAGAAUGAAGACCAGCUGGUCAAGGUGCUGCGUGACGCCCAGCAGCAGUGCCAAGAUGGCCACCCGGUUGUGGUCAACAUCCUCAUCGGGAGGACAGACUUCCGGGAUGGCUCCCUAGCCAUGUAG